AUGAUGGUGUCGCCUUCUCCACAAGAGAAUGCCGUGUUCACCGCCGAUACGGAGCCCGUCUACGAACGUAAGUGAUCGGAUCGCUCAGGGAUUCGAGAGUCGGUGAGGUUCUUCAGAUCAAGCCGCUCUCGUCUCUUCUCCAUUCUUUGCUGAUGAAGCAUCUUUCGAUAUUUCUUUCGCUGCAGAAGCCACCGACGAAAUGACGUUCAACGACUCCACGACGAGCAAGAGAGGCGAAGAAGUUCCGGCGGAAGCGUUGCAAAUGGUCGAGAUUGAAAAGACGGCGAAUGGUAUUUCUCUAACGUUGUGAACUUUUUUUUAUUAUUUCAAUUUCCAGGCUUCGGAUUCAAUAUAGUUGGCGGAAUAGACAAUCCUCAUUUCACCGGAGACAUUGGAAUAUACGUGUCUUCAGUGAACCAUCAAUCAAAAUCGUUUGGAGUCAUUCAGACUGGAGACAAGAUUUUAUCGGUUUUAUAAAUGCACCGAAACAAUCAAUUUAUCUUAAAACGUUCAGUUCGACGGUAUUGACAUGACAUACAAGACGCACGAUGAAGCUGUCGACGUGUUUCGAAGUAUGAAAGUCGGCCACGUGGCGAAAAUGCUCAUCGACCGCGAGUACGUUCUGCUCCAAGAGGACCGUACUCAGUCUUCCGCGACGCCUACGCGAAGCGUCUCUGAGAACGUUUCGGGUCCUGUCACUCCACAAACGGAAAGCACUCAAAAUCAGACGCCCAAAUCGAUUCCGCUUUCCGAAUCGAAAAGUCGACUGACUGCUCAUGGAUUCUCAGCUGUCAUUGAAAGGUACAGGAGGAAGAAGUCAAAAAGGAAAAACAACAAAUUGAUUUGACAGAAUCCGCGGAAAAGUGUAUGAGGAGGAGGAUGCGCAGAGUGUGACGUCAUACGCGCCAUCCACACACUCGAUCAUUGACGACGUUCCGAGAACGCCGCGGAAGCCGCUCAGCCUUCUCGACCCCAGAAAGUGCGUUUCCUGAGGGAUACGCUCUGAUAUUUUUCUGAUUUUCAGUAACUCUUGGAUAACGGAAGCUCUCUACGUCUCAAUCGGAUUGGGCGCUCUCACCCUUUCGGGCUUCCUCGUCUACAGAUUCAUCAAAGGACGCAAGUGAUGCGCUAUCCCUCUCAACCCCACAAUACUUGUAUCAUACCCCCUCUGUGUGUUCCUUUUUCUUCUUCUCCUGUUUCACUUCAUGACAAUAUUAUUAUGGUGCUAAAAAUCUAAUGUGAGACGUAGCUGAAUAGAGAGGCGUAGCAAAACGAGAGGUAUCCGAUAGAACCCAGUUUCAGUAAUAAUAUUUCUAUUCCUUUCUCCAUCCUUUUUUGACCGCUUUUAUCGACUAGCGGUGGGAAUUUCCACAUCGUUCUCUCCCUGCAUCUCCACUUUUUCGUCGUUCUAUCAAUCGCACAAAGUGCUGCUCAAGUACCAUUUGCAUUUCGCUCUUUUUGGUGCCCAUAAUGAAUUCGAUGCAUUCGUUUCGCUCUCUUCUUCUCCGUUUUCAACUGUUUCGUUCAGUACCCUUUAUCUUUUUGCGAAGAACUUUCUACAGAUGUUUUCAGAGAUAAAUUUCCAGAAAUGACUCGAAAAUGAAAAAGACGGAAGAGCGGAAAGUGAGCGGUGCGGGGCUGCUGUCCGCCAGCUCAUCGAGGACGUCACUCAAGUUCCCGACGGAAGCCGGCUACCCGAGGACAUGCGAUCACUGCCACGGCGACCUGACGCUCGAGUUCCAAACGUCUUCCGAGUUUGCACGACACAUUCGGCAGGACCACACGACGCAGGAAGGCGGCAGUUUCCUGUGCAGGUACUGCGAAAUCUCCAGAAUAUUACAGAACAACCCAACUUCUAUUCUCAGAUACGGAGAGCACGGGGUGUGUCAGAAGUUGCCGUUAGAAGGAGUGUGCGACGAAGACUUUGAAGCACACAUCCGCCGAUGUCACACAUCUUCGCAACCCGGCCGACAGCCUAGUCCGACGUCGUCAGGAAUCGCGAGCUGGGCGGAGGAGAGCGACGCGGCCAGCCUGAGGAGUGUCCGAUUGACGAGCGAAACGCCGACGAGAGAGAAGAAAAAAUUCACAUUGCACAGGUAA